CCAAUUGCUGAAAACAUACAGCAGAAUUUUCUCGACGACCUCCUGCAGACCUACCGGCAAAUGGAGACACGCUUUGCUAAGAAACUGUACAGUUACUACAAAAGUUUCGAGUUCCAGUCGCUGUGGGAUGUAGAAGAAAAAAUUGCUGAAUACCAGAGACUUGCGAGCAGCGCGACAGACACAGCUGGGAAGCUUCAAGGAGUUACUGAACUGCAGAAAGCCAUAGCCAAAAUCGAUGAAUUGGAAUCUUCCGCGCAGAAUUGCUACACUAGCUACCGAGUUGAAACUGAUAUUCAUAAAUGGUCUUUCGAUAGUUCCAAGGACGGGACGCUGUUUGAUGAGCUUUACAACGGUCAGACAAGAUUCACUUUAAAAAUGCCAGAAAGCGGUUCUAUGUAUAAUAUGCGUCUUUUGAAGAUGUACGUGGAACUGUACAGCGAUGGCGAUCCAUCCCAAUAUGAAAAUAUUCCAGCCAAGGUAUACUUGAGAUUACGACAUCUGAGCGCUUCGUACUUUAGAGACGGAUAUGGGAAAACCAAGGAGUUCAGACAGAAAUUGGUGUCAGAGCGAACGUUUCAUUUCAACCGUUUCGAAAUAACGGACACAGAGAAAUGCAAUGAGAGGAAGAAACAAGGCGAGAGGAAUCCUAUUUACUGUAUGGACAAAAACGACCAUCGCUUAAAAUCGAUGUGCUGUCACUACCUCAGCGAUUUUAAGUGCGAGGGAGAACUCCAGCUUGGAGCAGAAGCGUGCAAGAGUUUGUUUGGAACGUACGAGCUCUCCAUUCCAAUUGACGAUACAUUGGAUUGCACAGGCAGUAGUGAUGUAGUGACGGAUAAAAAUUGCAAGGACUUUCAACGAACGAUGUUUACCAAGAUGAAUGUGUGGGUUUCCUAUUUCUACUGGUCUGGUGGCUAUCCCAAGGGACCAAAUGACGGGAAAUGUACCAACAGUGACAGUCCAAGCAAGUCCAAGGUUCUGAUAUCGAAAAAACUUCUAUCUCUUAAACACAAACCCAAAUGGUUCUAGGAAUUGCUUUAUUAUUUAAAAACAAUCUACGUGAUUAAAAGAAAAUUGAUAUAAGGCAAAAUGCAACAGAAUAUUCGUUUCCUAUCUCAAAGUGUUCCUUAUGAAAGUAUCCAUCACAGAAUACCCUCAACAUUUUUUUUUUCAGUUAGACAAUAAGCAAAUGUUAUACAGCUUCUGAUGAAAAAAAACUUUCGCGCUAAAACUGGGUUUCGUUGUGUGACGUCACUGGUAAGGAGUUUGUUUUUGCUUUAAACGAAUAGCAAAUAAGUUUUGGGUCAGCCAGACUUGUUGAGUUGUCCAGGUUUUUAUGUAAUUGUUUGAGGUAUCUAGUCUCUUUCCUAAUAGGCGGUAACUCUAAAUAUUCCCUUUGAAAUUAGCAAAUUUGUAAGUCCGCGGAAGGCUGCAGAUCGUCCGAUUAUUCAGAUCUUCGAAGUUAACUAAGUGAAGUUUUCUCUUACACUUGCUAAGCUUUGCUCCAGUAAUCGCCUAAGAACUGUCUUUGGACUAAGGGUUACUCCUCCAACUGAAUCAACAGCAAACCACCAACACUUUGGCAACCAAAACCAAGAGAGCGUGAAGAGUAAGUGAGUUAAUCCCCCAUACUGACCUUACACCUAAGGUAAUACCUCUUAAAAGUCACUUCCGGCUUUAGGAAUCCCAGGAUAGCCGAGAGAUAGCCAAUCUCGUUACGGGAAUUUGUCUUACGUAGAUAGCCCAAGUGGCUGUGCACGCAUUUCAUCUCUAUGAAAACAUCUAAAGGAUGCCAACCUGAGUUGGUGGGAGGCAAAGAGAGCGGCUCAAGACCGACAGAGAUGGAAGGCCAUUGUGCACGCCCUAUACCCCCUCCCUCAUUGGACAAUGGGACAAACAGGACUAGAUGUUGAAAACAGUUACGCCACGAGCGGGGUAAAAUUAGCCGUAGGAGAGGUGGAGACCAUGUGUUAAAAUAAUUUCAAGAUUACCUCGAUAAAAAAGGCCUACACAGGGGAUUAAAUAACUUACCUUUUUUUCUCACCCGCCAAAACCAAUACUAAUAAAUAUAAGCUAGCCAAGAAUGACGUCACGGGGAUUAUCUCCUAUGAGUUCUUACAAUCAAGUGUACCUCCUGCUGAGUAAUUUAAACUACAUGGAAAGGGAACUGUGUUGCACUUUGUUUUCUUUAAGAUGAAAAAUAAAAAGUAGUAAAGCACCUUAUUUGACUGUCUCUUAUAGUUGCUCGCUGGCAUCAUACUUCUGCAAUAGGACAUUUUUGAUUUACCUUAAGCCUCUUUUUCAAAGCGCGUCUUGGUGCACAUCCUAUCAUAUGAAAAUGAGUUUUUACUUUUCGUGACGUUUUAGCUAAAAUCGGGGUUUUUAAGCCGGGCCUCAAAAAGCACUCGAAGAAUAACCCAAGCUGAUUUUAAUACAAGUUUUACAACAACGUUAAAGUGUUCCAAAGGCGAAGUUUCAAGGAAUUUGGAGUUAUGGCAUAUGUUGAAAAAUAUCUCUGAAUUUUAUUCGUAAAUUAGGAAUCGGACCUAGUAACUGAAAGGGAUUCUUUUAAAAAUUGCGUCUUUACACUAAAAUGGCGCUCAAGUCAAGUUCUAACCUGUUUUGGAUAGCUGAAUACUUUGUCUUUCAAGAAAAAUUAUCGAUAAGUUUGGUUUUCCUUUGCACAAGAACGCAAAUUAAGUUCAGGUUACUAAUUUUAAGCCUUUGCAAUCGGCAAUUUUGGCGACCGUCGAGGCGACAAUCGUUUUCCUCGAUUUUCUUGAAUUUAAAGCGCUUUGAGCUCCAAAAAACUAUAUCACAUUUCAUAUCUACCUAAGCGUUUUUUGUGGGCAAAAAGAGAGAAAAAUCGAUUUUUCGACUUCUGCCGUGCUAUGUUUGCUAAGUAGAAAAAUUCAUUCUUAAACAUUUUUUCAAACCUGCAGCCUUUUAGCGGUCUCACACGUCCACGCGUGUAUUUGACGCGUGAACAUUUCUCGAUAUGGACAGAGCGUGGGUUGGAAAUCUUCCCCGAUCACCUUUACUCCUCUCCUCGCGCAUCCUCGCGCGUUUAGCGAUGUAAGCCAGUCGCAUUUCGUGUCUCGGGGUAUUUGAGAGGUGUACGAGCUGAUUUCCCCUCUUCUCGGAAUUCGCUUCCCAAACAAGUUCAAGUUUAAGCCGUAUUUCAUGAUCAUUUAAGCAGGAAGUUCUUUUUCUGCCCCCUUUAUGACCUUUUACUUUAAGUCGUUUCUUAAAGUGGUACCAUGACGAAAAUCGCAUC